CCGGUGGGGCCCCUCGCUCUCCAUGGGGCUGAGGGACUGGCUGAGGACCGUGUGCUGCUGCUGCCGGUGCAAGUGCCUGGAGGAGCGCGCCCUGCCUGAGAAGGAGCCCCUGGUCAGUGAUAGCAAUCCGUAUUCCUCAUUUGGAGCAACUCUGGCGAGGGAUGAUGAGAAGAAUUUAUGGAGUAUGCCCCAUGAUGUGUCCCACACAGAGGCAGAUGACGACAGAACCCUGUACAAUUUGAUAGUCAUUCGUAAUCAGCAGGCCAAAGACUCAGAGGAGUGGCAGAAACUCAACUAUGAUAUCCAUACCCUGCGGCAGGUUCGAAGGGAAGUAAGAAACAGAUGGAAGCGCAUCUUAGAAGAUUUAGGCUUUCAAAAGGAAGCUGACUCUUUGUUGUCAGUGACUAAACUCAGCACCAUCAGCGAUUCGAAAAACACAAGGAAAGCUCGAGAGAUGUUGUUAAAACUGGCUGAAGAAACCAAUAUUUUCCCAACAAGUUGGGAGCUCUCAGAGAGAUAUCUCUUUGUUGUGGACCGUCUCAUUGCACUUGAUGCUGCAGAAGAGUUCUUUAAGCUUGCUCGUCGAACUUACCCCAAGAAGCCUGGGGUUCCAUGCCUGGCAGAUGGCCAGAAAGAACUGCACUACCUUCCAUUUCCAAGUCCCUAAAGGAGAGGCUCAGGGACAGAAUGGGAAUUCUUCCAUGAGGACUCAGCAGUCAACCAAAGUUGGACAAUUACAUGUAGAAGAGACUACACCUGUGGGGGGAACUCUCAUGCAGACUUUUGCACAUAUGCAGAGAGUAUUGCACUGAAGAUCUUUGCUGGACCUUCUUCAGUUCAGAAGAUAAUUUUCAAAAGGGAGCAAUGCUGCAAAUGCAGGUUGCUUUUCUCUACAGAUUGAGAAGUCCAGCUUCAAAAGUUACUUGCCACUUAAGCAAGGAACUUAUCAAGUGAUCAUGGUUCAUUUUACUGAAAAGACUUUAAGGAUUUUUAAGUUUAAUCCAUAGAUUGCUGAGAACAAUGACAAUAUGUUUAUUUUUACAGAUUUUGCACUUCUGAAUUCAGGUUAAAAAGUAACUUGUAUUUAGUCUGCUUAGAGGAUUGUGACUUGAAAAUUUUUGCAUACCAAUGAGCUUUUUGGUAGCAUCCACAGUGUUUAAAAUAUUUCAUAGGCAAGAUCCAUAUUCUCCAUUUAUUAAUGCAUUGCAGACCAAUUUAACUGCUGUGUUUCAGGAAAAUUCUUCCUAGUUUAAUAAGUAAAUUAAAAGUUUUAUUUUUUAUAUUUAGUGCUUAAUCUUUGUCUCAUGUUAUGUAAAAUUAGCCUGCAGAUAUUUUCUCUCACUUCUGUAGGCUCUUGCAAGAUAAACAUUCAAACAGUGAAACAAACAAUAAAAUAAACAAAUCUAAGGAUGUUGUGUUGUUUU